CGUGAGGGAGAGCUGCAGAAACGGCUCUCUCAUCCGGGGCUUCCAGCCAUCGCCUCACGCAGGGCACUGUUCCCGCAAGUAUCGCGAGAGCGGGCGGGAAGACGCCGCGAGAGAAACAAGUGAAGUCUCUCGCGGCAAAAAAAAAACCCGACUGCAUGAAGUCAAGAAAAGGGGGCGUGGCGCCGCUGCCCUCCUUGGAAGCAAAGAAAGGACGGAACGGGAAAUUGAAAUCUCGCGAUGUUUCGGAAGGCCGCUCCUCCAGCCCUUGGAAGAAAUGAGUUGCACAAUUGAGAAGGCCCUAGCAGACGCCAAAGCACUUGUGGAGCAACUGAGAGAGCACGACAGUGCAGCAGAAGCCCUGAUCGAACAGACAACGGCUCUCAACAAACGAGUGGAAGCAAUGAAGCAGUACCAGGAAGAAAUUCAAGAAUUGAAUGAGGUAGCAAGACACAGGCCUCGCUCUUCAUUGGUUUUGAGUAUCCAGCAGGAAAACAGGCAGAUCAGGGAACUGCAACAAGAAAAUAAAGAAUUACGCACAUCUCUUGAAGAACAUCAGUCUGCACUGGAGCUAAUAAUGAGCAAAUACAGAGAGCAGAUGUUUAGACUGCUCACGGCCGGCAAAAAAGAUGAUCCAGGUAUUAUAAUGAAGUUAAAGGAGCAGCACUCAAAGGAGCUACAAGUCCAUGUGGAUCAAAUUACAGAAAUGGCAGCAGUGAUGCGGAAAGCGAUUGAAAUUGAUGACCAACAGGGCUGCAAAGAACAAGAACGAAUUUUCCAACUAGAACAAGAAAACAAAGGACUGAGAGAAAUCCUGCAGAUAACAAGAGAGUCAUUCCUGAAUCUCAAGAAAGAAGAUGCAUCAGAAAGUACCUCUCUGUCAGUAUUAGUAACAAACAGUGACUUGAGCCUUAGGAAGAGCUGAGAAUCCUGCGGAGGCUCUAAAUGACUGCUGCCAACCCAACAACUGAAAGUAUCAGGGUUGAUUUGUCACACACACGUUUUCCAAUGAGGCAUCCAAUGCAUCUAGACUGGAUAACAAUUUGACUUUUAUACCACGUAUAGUAUAUUAAAAUGACUUGUUUAAACUCA